UGCAAACUGAGAAGGAGGAGCCGGAGGCGGCGCGAUGCAAACCCGCCGCGCUAAUUUGCAGGAGCCCCAACCGAAAUAAUUCGCGGGAAAAGAGAGAGAGAGAGAGAAAGUAGCGUUAGAAAGAGAGAGAGAGAGAAGAGAGAAAGGAGGAGGGGUAAAGAUGGCGCUCCGUCGCUUCCAGGUUGCCUGCAGACAACCUCGGGCGCCCCGGGGCGCAGGGAGGGUCUUCUGAACGGGGAGAUGCCCUCGGGAUACCCCGCUCGGGGCGCAGAGGAGAACCAAGAGCGCCUCCGCUUCUAAGUUUAAGGGACAUUUCCUCCUCUCCCUGGCCAUGGAGCCGGGCUGGGAGCCGCCGAUCUGGUAGCAGCCUUCCUUCCUCCCUCCCCGCGAACAGACCCUCGUCCGGGUCCGCAACUAGCCCAGGAGCAUGGGGACUCCUGACCCUGGGCGCACUUACGCAGCCCUCGGACACCUGCAGCAAUCAAUGGCGGAUUGGGUCGCCAGAACUCAGGACAGUCGGCGAGAGCGGAUGGCGAAAUUACCCGAAGGACAGUAUGUCUUAUGCCAUUGGAAAGAUGGACUUUAUUAUCUUGGGAAGAUUAAGAGAGUGAGUGACGCUAAGCAGAGUUGCCUGGUGACCUUUGAAGAUAAUUCCAAAUAUUGGGUGCUUUGGAAGGACAUCCAGCAUGCUGGUGUCCCCACUGAACAGCCCGAAUGUAACAUUUGCCUGGAGAAGACAUCGGAGCCCCUGAAUGAGAUCUUGAUCUGUGGGAAGUGUGGAGUUGGGUACCACCAACAGUGCCACAUUCCACUGGUGGGGAGCCUUGAAGAGUCUUCGAUGACACCCUGGUUUUGUCGGAAAUGUAUCUUUGUGCUAGCCGUACGGAAAGGGGGAGCCUUGCGGAAAGGUGCUAUCGCCCGGACUCUGCAGACCGUCAAAAAGGUCCUGUGCUAUAAUCCGGAUCAGCUGGAAUGGGAUUCCCUUCACAGAACCAAUCACCAGCAGUGUUACUGCUACUGUGGAGGCCCCGGAGAGUGGUACCUGAAGAUGUUGCAGUGUCUUCAGUGCCGACAGUGGUUCCACGAAGCUUGCAUGCAGUGCCUGAACCACCCCAUGCUCUUCGGAGAUCGAUUUUAUAUUUUCUACUGCACAGUUUGCAAUCAGGGACCGGAGUAUAUCAAACGUUUACCUUUGAGAUGGGUCGACAUUGUGCACCUGGCCAUCUACAACCUGGACGUGCAACGCAAGAAGAAAUAUUUUGACUUUGAGGAAAUCUUGGCCUUCGUCAAUCACCGCUGGGACCAUUUUCAGCUUGGAAAGUUGACUGCAACCCCUGUGGCAGAACGAGGUCCUCUCCUUCUAGAUGCACUGAACAGUUACAAAAGCAGGUUUCUGUGCGGGAAGGAAAUCAAGAAAAAGAAGUGCAUUUUCCGCCUGCGGGCACGAGUUCCUCCGAAUCCUCCCAGCAAGAUUCUCCCGGAUAAGUUUGCGGGGCGGAGCGAGACGAAGAAGAGGGGGAAAGUCAAAUCCUCCCACAAAAGCAGUUUGAUCCCACACCAAUCCCAGCAGGAACGGAGAAGGAAAAGCCCCAAAUUUCUCUUGGAAGAUGCUAUCCCAAGUAGCGAUUUUGCCUCUGCCUGGAGCACCAACCAUCACCUGGCCUGCAUCUUUGAUUUCUCGCUGGAUGAAAUCCAGAGUCUCAAAAGUGCAAGUUCGAGCCACGGGUUCUUCUCCGAUGUAGACUCCACUGACGCAGCCAGCACAUCGGGCUCGGCCUCCACGGGUUUUUCCUUCGAAUCGAGGACAAACGUCGGGAGCCGGAAGCGCAAACUCUCCGCUAAAAUGUACGCGCCGCUCGACGCCAGACAGAAAUCCUCCGAGCGUCUCUGCAGGCUCGUCCCCGGCUCCUCCUUGGAUGGCAGCGACCGUGCCAGCAGUCCGGACCGCCCGGAUAACGCCAUCGACCGCCAGACUUUGGAGAGCUUGAGCGAAGACGAUUUAUCCCUCUCCCACCUCCAGUCGUCCAUCAGCAACUACUUUGGUGCUACUGGCCGUUUCAUUUGCGGAGAGAAAUACCAAGUGUUGGCUCGGAGGAUCAGCCCAGAGGGGAAAGUGGAGUAUCUCGUGGAGUGGGAGGGCAGCACCCCCUACUGAUGUGCGUUGGGGGCCCGCCGUGUGAAGCCAUAAAGAGAGGAACAGGGUGGGAAAUGCAAUCCAGGGAAAACAGUUUGCCCUGCACUGCCUUGGGGGGGUGAUCUGUUCAAGACCAAACUUCCAACGGUCUCUAUUGUAGACCUUUUGGGCUGGGCUAGGAAAGGUGGAAGCGGGGGCUUAGUGAUAAAUGAUUGUUCAGCCUUAGCUCCGUGUGGCUGUUUGGGACAAAAGGGGCAGCGAAUUCCUGGGGCAGCCCCAUAGAAAUUAUAUCCCUUGGACAAGAUUGGCUCCAUCUAAUGUGGCACUUAGAGAGAGAGAGAAAGAGAGAGAGAGAGAGAGAGAGAGAGAGAGAGAGAGAGAG